CCCAUUUUGUUUUGGUCUCACUUUCUUCGAGAAACUUAGUUUACGUUGAGAAUUCCUAAUGCCAAUAUAAGAAAGGCAAAAUGAAUCGUCUUUUUAAUGGAUGGGACACGUCUAAUAGUGAGCUCUCUCCUUCUUGGAUGGGAGUAGAAGAAACAACGUUUUCGAUGGAUAAUGAUACGGAAUAUGAUGUGCGUCUGGAAGUACUUAGAAAAGUGCGGAGUUUUGGAGCGCAUACCAGCAGAGCUGCAAGUAUUUGUUCUUGGUCUUCCUCAAUGAACAAUAAUAUGCAAAUGCCAGGUUAUAACAACGCGAAUUUAAAGGAAGAGUUGUUGCAAAAGAAUGAGUCAAGGAUAUUUCAGGAAAUUUUUCAAACACGUAAAGGACUAACUGCCGUCCAGCAGUGUCGAGACAUUUUAAGAGCCAUAAGAGCCCAUCAAGUGGUAAUGGUCGUUGGGAGAUCGGGAUGUGGCAAGACAACACAGAUUCCCCAAAUGAUACUGGAUGAUUUCAUCUUCAACAAUUGUGGCACAGAUUGUCGCAUUGCCUGCAUUGAGACUAGAGCAACGAGGGCAGUUUCGGCAGCGGAGCGUGUGGCUUAUGAAAGAUUGGAAUCAGUGGGAAAUUCAAUUGGACUUGAAAUUGAAGGGCAAAGUAUUAUGCCGCGUCAUACUGGCCACAUUUUGUUUUGCACCGCCCAUAUUCUGACCAAAAAAUUUGAAAGUGAUCCUUUGCUUCAAAGCGUAACAGUUGUUAUAUUGGAUGACAUACAAACCCAAAAUAGUGAAGAACUUCAUCGGCUAAUGGAUCUUUUACAAACUAUAUUACCCCAUCGAGCUGAUUUGAAAAUUAUUCUAUUGAGUACAACUGCUUCUGAAGACUCAUUUUGUGACUACUUUAAAGACUAUCAUGCAAUGUUUAUACAUGAAACAAUACAACCGAAAUUAUCUACUGCGUCUAGCAUGUCAACAAUACCAGAAAUUAUACAGGAUGCUGAGAGCAUCAUAACAAUUUCGGAUGGAGACUCGACUAUAAUGGAGAACAACUAUAGAAAAUCCAUGAAUAUUCUUAGGAGAUAUGAAGGCAAAGAUGCCAGUGUGCUUUCUAGAAAAGAAAAAAAUCUCAUUAGAACACACAAGAGAAAUGUAAAACGUUUAGAAAGAAUGUCCGCCCUAAAGAGUUCGCCUAAAAUGAACACAACACCUGGCAUGCGCAUCAAAACCCGGCAGAAUAGUAUGGAUAUUUGUAAUGAUUUACAGGUAGCAAUAAUUGAUAAAUCUGAUCUACAUGGAAGACUUGAUGACAACUUAUGGAUGAAGCUAGAAGAAAGAUUGCUCAGCGACAUGAUAUCCAGCAAAUGGUGUAACGAGGAAAUAUCAUUCGAUGGAGCAAAUUGGUCUAGAGGUGUGAAAAUUGUCAAAUGUGGCAACCAUAGAUCGAUAGAUUUUUUAAGGGACACUGUAGCGAGUGUUUGUGAACGCUGGCCGCAUCUUCAACUUGAAGUAAUACCUCAGUCAAUGUUGCCCUUGAGAGUAUUGGCCAAGAUGUGGAUACCGCCACCAGUUCCACCGACAAAUGCUAUUCUAUCACUGAUUGAAAAACAGAAUGCAGGCAUCGAUACAAAAGAUUGGAAAAUACUAAAUUACAUUCCAUGUAAAAAUAAUUUUGGUCAAAUUUAUCGUCUUUACAUAGAUGGUUUGUCGGCCAAGGUUAUACAUGAAUGUCAGGGUCGCAUUAAAUUUGGACUGAACUUUAUAAGAAUUCAUACUAUGUUAAAAAAAUAGAAUCAUAACGAAAAUAGUCGAAAUAUUAACAAAAUCGGAGGCAAAACUAUUAGUUUCGUCUCCUUCGUCCAUUACAGUCAUGCUGUUGUUAAUAUAAAUUCAAUUAACAAUGAAGUUCCAAACGAAUUUGUAAAAAAAAAACAUUUUUUUAAGGCAGUACUGCCAAAUUGAUCUUUAUUUUAACUAAAGAUCGGUACUAGAUCCCUGUUUUAAAAUGGAAAUCAAAAUUUUUCACAAUUACUACUUUUUGGAGUAAAAAAAUAUACUGUUUUUAUUUGAUGUGGGGACUGAUGUGGGAAAGAACAUUUCUUUCUACAUAAUGGGAAAAAAUAUAAUAAUCACGUUAUCAUUAAGAAUUUUUUUUGUUUUUUGUCUUGAUUUUCACUGUGAAUCAUGAACAUAGUACCCGCCUUAAGACAGAACAUAAAUGUAUGGAAGUUGUUAGCCUUAAUUUUUUACUAUAUGGAAUAGAACGAAAUGUAAAAACCAUUUUUCAUUUUACAUAUGAAUUGUUUCCUUGUUUCAUUAUUUUCGUUUUUCAUUUGUUUUUUUUUUACUUUAAAAACAAACAAUGCAUUGAUUUGUGGAUCGAUUAUGGCUUGUAACCAAACUUCAGUUGCGUUGGCAAUGGACAAAUUUGUUAUCGAUAAUUUUCUUCUCCGCAUUGAACUGCAUACUUUUUUACAAUUAACCAAUUGGCUCAACAUUCAAAACACUAAUAUUUGAUGAAACUGAAAAAAAUUUCCAACUUUAUACUAAUUUUUAAUUAAUGCUUUUAUCUUUUGGCAACCCAACUAUAGUUGAGUUGCAAUCAACAAUCCCAACUCAUUUGUAAACAUUUUAAAAUAUAUAUUUUCGCAAUGAUAUAUAAUGUAAAUUUAUUAAUAAUACAAAAAUAAAAUGCAGUACAAAAAUUCUAUGAAGUUAAAUAAGCAUAUAAGAAAAAGAACGACAUAACAUCGGCUUAAUCAUAAAAACUGAUCCCAAACGAACUCGAAAAGGGCGUGCAAACUAAAAUGAAUUAAAGCCGAAUAAUAUUGCAAAAAUAAAAAAUAUUAGCAUAGACUAUAUACAAUAAUUAAAAUGUAUAUAUAUCUGGAAUGUGAUCUAUAUGACCAUUGAUCAGCUAUCUUUGGAGUUUUUUUUUUUACAAAGUUGCAAUACCCACCUGUUUCUAAAACAAAUUGUAAUAUUUUAAACAACUUUUAAUUCAAGUAAAUAUUU